AUGGAUAAAUUUCAAGAUCAAGCAGCUAUUAGCUGUGAGCUAAGUGUCAUCAGAGCUAGAAAUGCCGAUCUUAUUCCCACAGGAAGCAGCUUUUUCGUAAGAUGCUACAUGUCAGCAGGAAACAAGAACAGAGUCCGAUUCCAGAGCCGAGAAGUGUCAUCUUCAAAUAUGGUGUGGAACCAGUCUUUCUCCUUAGAUUGUUUUGGAACCAAAGAGUCUAUGAGGAGCAUGCUAUUAGAAGGAACUGUGAUUUUUGAACUUAGAUGCAGGAGCGGAAUUUCAUUCUUUGGAAGAACCCGAAAGUCACAGCUCUUGGGGAAGGCCGAAGUUCCUUGGAAAACUGUUUUGGAAUCGUCGACGAUGGAUGUUGAGAAAUGGGUUGUGAUGGAAACGGGGAAGAGGUUGCCUGAUGGUGUGAAGCCUCCUGCUGUGCAGAUUGGAAUGAAAGUUGACGGAGCUGUUAUACCAGUUGCAACAAAGGCUGUGAAACAGAGGAAGAGUUGCGGUGAUGGAUGUCAGUGUAAAAGUUGUUUAAAUUGUGAACUUUUUGCACUGGAUGGUGCUUUGGAGUUCUCUUGUUAG